CUCACACUGACUGCACAUCUCAUCAGUCUUUCACACUCUAUCAAGAGAGAGCACCGUGAAGAUCAUGGGCUGUGUCCUUCACACAUGGUUCCCAUUCUGGCUUCUCCAGCUGCUUGCCAUACAACCUCAGACAAGCUCCUUUAUCUCUCUGAACCUCAACUAUAAAAUGGGGAUAACGGGGUCUACUCAUGGAGUUAUGGUGAGGAUUAAGGGAAAAUGAAGACGAUUAGGCAUUUAACACACCAUGUACUUGAGGAAUGGUAGGUAUUAAGAUUUCAUGUUUAUGGUGGAGUGAUAUGUUGAUAGGAAGCUAGGUAUGGAGUCAGAUAUGCCUGGAGUUCAGCCUCAGUGCUUUGGCAAGGCCUGUCACCUCUCCAGACAUCAGGUGGGCGUCUUUAAGAGGAAGAUGGAAAGAGCAGGACAGGAGUUCCUAGAGUAGACGGCACAAAGGAGAAGUAGGAAACCGUGAAGGACAUAAAGGGCGAGCACCUUUGUCACAGAAGAUGGAGAAGCACGGCACAGAGAGAUUGGGAGCCUGAAGCCCCAGAGGGGAAGUGCCCCGGCCACCCGUGUACCCACCGUGCAGAUCAGCUGGACCAGGUGGUGCGCUGAGGAAGAAAACGUCCCAGGGCCUUUGAAACCUCUUAGGUGACGGUGGCGUGAGGCCAUUCGCAGAACCACCUGCUUGGGGGAGAGCUGCGGCAGGAGGCCAGGAGAAGCUCAGGGGCGGCCAAGGAUGAAGCGCUCUUCCUCUUGGGAUUUGAGACUUCAGGAGCAGAUUAUUGACCAGAUCUUGGUGUUUAUUCACAACCCUCAUACCCGGAGCCAGCAUUUCAGUGCAUCCAGGGUCUUCCAGAGCCCCCUGGAGUCUGAUGUUUCGCUUCUCAACAUUAACCAGGCAGUCAGCUGCCUGACUGCAGGCGUAUUGAACCCUGAACUUGGCUAUGAUGCUCUUUUAGUGGGGACACAGACUAAUCUUUUGGCUUAUGAUGUCUACAAUAAUUCAGAUUUGUUCUACAGAGAGGUAGCAGAUGGGGCCAAUGCAAUUGUGCUGGGGACGUUGGGAGACAUUUCCUCUCCUCUUGCAAUUAUUGGUGGAAAUUGCGCUCUGCAGGGUUUCGAUCAUGAAGGAAAUGAUCUCUUUUGGACGGUUACUGGAGAUAAUGUUCAUUCCUUGGCCUUGUGUGACUUUGAUGGCGAUGGGAAGAAAGAGCUUCUUGUCGGAUCUGAGGAUUUUGAUAUCCGAGUUUUUAAAGAAGAUGAGAUUGUGGCAGAAAUGACAGAAACAGAGGUAAUCACCUCUCUUUGCCCCAUGUAUGGCAGUCGGUUUGGUUAUGCCCUUUCCAAUGGCACAGUUGGAGUUUAUGACAAAACAGCCCGAUACUGGAGAAUUAAAUCCAAAAAUCAUGCCAUGAGCAUUCACGCUUUUGACCUUAAUUCUGAUGGAGUGUGUGAACUGAUAACCGGUUGGUCCAAUGGGAAGGUUGAUGCUCGAAGUGACAGAACUGGGGAGGUCAUCUUUAAGGACAACUUUUCUUCUGCAAUCGCUGGUGUGGUAGAGGGAGAUUACCGGAUGGAUGGCCACAUACAGUUAAUCUGCUGCUCAGUGGAUGGGGAAAUCCGGGGCUACCUGCCGGGCACAGCUGAGAUGAGAGGCAACCUCAUGGACACCAGUGUAGAGCAGGACCUGAUCCGAGAGCUGAGUCAGAAAAAACAGAACCUGUUGCUGGAGCUCCGUAACUAUGAGGACAAUGCCAAGGCUGAGUUGAGCAGUCCACUGAAUGAGGCUGAUGGGCAUCGGGGCAUCAUCCCAGCCAACACCAAGCUCCACACUGCCCUCUCCGUCAAUCUGGGGAGCGACAUACAGGCUGCCCAUGCAGAGUUGUGCAUUUCCACUUCUAACGACACCAUCAUCCGAGCAGUGUUGAUUUUUGCAGAGGGAAUUUUUCUAGGUGAAAGCCACGUGGUGCAUCCCAGCAUUCACAACCUUUCCAGCUCCAUCCGCAUCCCAAUUACGCCUCCCAAAGAUGUCCCUGUGGAUCUGCACUUGAAAACCUUCGUGGGCUACAGAAGCAGCACCCAGUUUCACGUGUUUGAGUUGACAAGACAGCUGCCUAGGUUCUGCAUGUACGCACUGACCAGCCCGGACUCUGCCAGUGAGCCGCUCAGUUACGUCAACUUUAUCAUUGCAGAAUGGCCACAGAGGGUUGGUAUGUGGCUCAACCAGAACUUUCUGUUACCAGAGGACACUAAUAUUCAGAACGCUCCAUUUCAAGUGUGUUUCACAUCCUUACGGAAUGGUGGCCAGCUGUAUAUAAAAAUAAAACCUAGUGGAGAGAUCGCUAUAAAUACUGAUGAUAUUGAUUUGGCUGGUGAUAUCAUCCAGUCGAUGGCAUCAUUUUUUGCUAUUGAAGACCUUCAGGUAGAAGCCGAUUUCCCUGUCUACUUUGAAGAAUUACGAAAGGUGCUAGUUAAGGUGGAUGAAUAUCACUCAGUGCAUCAGAAGCUCAGCGCUGACAUGGCUGAUAAUUCUAACCUGAUCCGAAGUUUGCUGGUCCGAGCUGAGGAUGCUCGUCUGAUGAGGGACAUGAAAACAAUGAAGAAUCGCUAUAUGGAACUCUAUGACCUUAAUAAAGACUUGCUCAAUGGAUAUAAAAUUCACUGUAACAAUCACACAGAACUAUUGGGAAGCCUCAAAGCAGUAAAUCAAGCGAUUCAAAGAGCAGGUCGUCUACGUGUUGGAAAACCAAAGAACCAGGUGAUCACUGCUUGUCGGGACGCAAUUCGAAGCAACAACAUCAACACGCUGUUCCGGAUCAUGCGGGUGGGGACAGCUUCUUCAUAGGAGAGGAGAGAAUAGGUAACCAGGUUCCUAGAAAGGGUUUUUCCUUAAACUUCCAGGCUGGUUUGCUUUGGAUCACAUCCUGGUGAACCCAAGGUGCCAAGAGGGAAAACAACCUUGGUGAGUUGUACAAAUGAAAGAAAAAGCGACUGCAUCUGAAAAGUGUAUUCACUUUCUGUUUUUAAAUUCAGUAGUACUUGUGCCGAACACUAGGUUUGUAUGGAGGGAAAUGAAUACUUUUUUGAAAAUGUUAGGGCCUCAAAGUCCAGUUUUUCUGUAAGUAUGUAAAGUCCAUAUAUAUAGAAAUGUCUUUUUUCUUGAAAUUGUAAUUGAAUUUGUAAUUAGAUUACUUUUUCAUUAAAAUGUAACAGUGUUGCAC